ACAUCCAAGACGUGUCUCCCGUUAAUGCGACGAUAUGAAAGCUAGCGUCGGCUAUCUGUGUAUGAAUCCAAUACUCGCUCCCUUUGCGCUUCCUUAGUUGAAGAGUUGUUUCCGGUUACGGAAUUUGCACGAGAGCCUUUUAAUUGUGACAAAAGACUUCAACCGCAGUGGAAAUGGACUGAGCCAUGCUGCCGAAAAGCCAAGAAUGGAUUGAGGUGCGGAAGCUAGCGUGGGGGGAGCUAGAGGAGCUCGUGACAUCGUAUUGUUAGCCUCUUGUUUCCGUGAAAAGAGUUGAUAUCAGAUAUUCACCGUGCAGAAGUAUUCAGCCAGACGCAUGUUAUUCGUAUUCUACGUGCACGAGUGCUAUGCUGCGCACACGCCCUGAAUAUGUCAGCUGUCCUGCACAUACCGCAGACACCCGGUUGGCUGUCAUUGCAUAGAUCACACUCUACUCUCAAGCGCAUCUAAAACCAGAGGCAGACGGAUCCGCAUUUACUUUGGUGCUAUUAAGUUGUCCCCGGUGUUGUCAUUAGUUUUAUGGCUGCAGCAGGACUGUUGUAGGUCAACAACGAUGGGAGGUUCGGUGUCUUGCUGCAUCUCUCCCGGCGAGAGUCCCAAGAUCCACAGGAGGAGGGAGGUGGAGCUGGACGAGUGUCCCAUCACCACCGCGGAGGACGUGAGCGAGGACACCGGGACCUAUCUUCAGCACAUCAGCGACAGGGAGCUCCCAGACGAACUGGCCCAAGAGUCCAACCCAUCAGACCACCCCAGAGCCAGCACCCUCUUCCUCAACAAGUCGCAGACAGACGUGCGUGAGAAAAGGAAAAGCAACUACUUGAAUCAUCAGAUGUCCCCGGGGCUCCUGACCAAAAAGUACAGUUCCUGUUCAACAAUAUUCCUCGAUGACAGCACGGUCAGCCAGCCCAACCUCAAGAGCACCAUCAAAUGCGUCACAUUGGCCAUAUACUAUCACAUCAAAAACAGAGAUUCAAACCGCUCGGUGGACAUCUUCGAUGAGAAGAAGCACCCUCUGUCGAGAGAUAAGGUUCCAGAUGACUACUCUGUGGUCGACCCAGAACACAAACUCAUCUACCGCUUCAUACGGACGCUCUUCAGCUCGGCGCAGCUCACGGCCGAGUGCGCCAUCGUCACUCUGGUAUACCUGGAAAGGCUGUUGACGUAUGCUGAGAUGGACAUCUGUCCUUGUAACUGGAAGCGAAUUGUCCUCGGUGCCAUUCUGCUGGCCUCCAAGGUGUGGGACGACCAGGCUGUGUGGAACGUGGACUACUGCCAGAUCCUCAAAGAAAUGACAGUGGAGGACAUGAACGAGAUGGAGCGUCACUUCCUGGAGCUGCUCCAGUUCAACAUCAACGUCCCAGGAAGCGUCUACGCCAAGUAUUACUUUGACCUGCGCUCGCUGGCGGACGAUAACAACCUCAGUUUCCCUCUGGAGCCGCUGAGCAACAAGCGGGCCCAAAAACUGGAGGCCAUCUCCCGGCUGUGCGAGGACAAGUACAAGGACCUGUGUAAGUCCACUAUGAAGAGGUCUGUCAGUGUCGACAACAUGGCCGGCAUCAAGAACUCCCAGGCUGUGCUGUCGUAAGUCUGCGGCGGGCUGAGAGCGACGCUCCAGGAUGGGAACGCCACAUUGAGGAAGUCAGACAGCAUUCGACAAGAGACAUUUCCAAACUAGAUCAUGAUAAUUUCAGUCACUAAAAAGUUCCAUUACAAAAUGUUAAAUUACAACUUUGCGGGGGACGGGGGGAACAAAAGAAGUUUACCUACAAUAUCGCUAAAGUAUAAUGAAUCCAGUCUCUAUGUGUUGAUUACAAAGAACUUCAGCUAUCUGCCUUUAACGCAUGAUGAUAUGGUGAAAUAUUUUGCAGACUGUAACUUUUUAUUAAUCAAUGGGAUGUGUAACUUUGGAAGGAAUCGGCAUGAAAAUGCUUCCGGAAGUCAUGCAGAUGGAUUUUCUUUCUUUUCUCUUGAGGAGUCACUUCUCUGGCUUUGGCCCUCGUCUCUCCACCAGCCGCGCCCCCCCCCCCC